CCCGAAAGCCUCCAUUGUUGCGACCUCUAGAGAUAUGAAAAUUCUCUCGUUUCGCUCUUUAGAUCAAUGGUUGCUUUGUGCUUUUAGAACGUGAAAGUGCGUGUAAAUCUUUCUAAUUUAGAGAGAGAGGAUUUUGAAUCUGUGUUGUUUGAUCGGGAAGGACGAUGAACGACGGGAAGAAAGGAGAUCAAAACUUGGAAGCUCCAUUUCAUGUUGUUCAUAAGCUUCCUGCUGGUGAUAGUCCCUAUGUUCGAGCCAAACACGUCCAGCUCGUUGAGAAGGAUCCAGAAGCAGCCAUAGUCCUAUUUUGGAAGGCAAUAAAUGCGGGAGAUAGAGUAGAUAGUGCUCUGAAAGACAUGGCAGUCGUCAUGAAACAGCAAGAUAGAGCAGAAGAAGCCAUUGAAGCCAUAAAUUCUUUCAGGGAUCGCUGCUCCAAACAAGCUCAGGAGUCAUUGGACAAUGUUCUCAUUGACUUGUACAAGAAAUGUGGAAGAGUUGAGGAGCAGAUAGAUCUGUUGAAGCAGAAACUUCGGAUGAUUAAUCAAGGAGAAGCCUUCAAUGGAAAGCCCACAAAGACAGCUCGCUCUCACGGAAAGAAGUUUCAGGUCACCAUCAGGCAAGAGACUUCAAGGAUACUGGGUAACUUGGGAUGGGCGUAUAUGCAGCAAGAGAACCACAGAGCAGCAGAAGCCGUAUACCAAAAGGCCCAAAUCAUAGACCCAGAUGCAAACAAGGCCUGUAACUUGAGCCUGUGCCUGAUGAAGCAAUCUCGACAUUCAGAAGCAAGGCUAGUGCUGGAACAAGUGCUGCAGAACAAGAUUGCAGGAUCCAACGACCAGAAAUCAAGAAAACGAGCCGAAGAACUGAUGAGGGAAUUGGAAGAAUCCCAAUCGGCAAACAAGUCGUUAACUGAAGAUGGAUUCACCAUGGAGGGACUUGAUCAGUUGGUGAUGAACCAAUGGUCGCCGUUGAGAUCUAGAAGGCUUCCAAUUUUUGAAGAAAUUUCCCAAUUUAGAGAUCAAUUGGCUUGUUGAUCGAAUUUGGACUUGGAGAGCUCAUUUGGAGUUUAGAGUUUUGCGCCUUCCAGGUGUGUUUACUUCUUUUUUCUUUUCUUUCUUUUCUUUUAUUUUAUACGUGAGAGAGAUAGAGAGAGGGUGAUGUGAUUGGUUAAGAAGACUUUAAGAGCAGGGUGACGAAAGAAAGCUUGCUGUCAUUUUGUGUUGUAUAGUUGCAGGAGAGAGUCCAUAUCUCUUCCGUGUACACAAUGAUUUCAUUCAAUAAUGUAGUUCGUGUUGAUGACCAGCAGAUAUAGUCCAAAAAAUAUGAUGAUUUUUACUUUUAAAGACA